ACGGGAUUGCUCCAAAUCGGGCUAAUUUGUUGCUUGGCGGAUGGGAAAUGUUGGCUUGAGUGGGGUGCGGGGCGAUUUGAAUUAAAUUCGUGUAAAGGAAUGUGAAAUGUUGGGGUUUCCUGAUCGGGACAAGGAGGCCAUUUUUUCAACACUGCAACAUUUUUUCCGACUAAUUUGGUCGUAAUUAUUGAAUCUAGAAAGCUGACAGUUCUUUUGUUUGUUUGUUUUUAUGAUUUAUUUAAAUAUCGGUACUUGAGGCGACCGUUUGUGCACCAAGUUUGGGUUUAUUUAACAAUUUGUCGCUCGUUUUUGUUUGAAAACUAGUCUUCUUUUGUAAAAUUUAAUUUAAUUGUAAUUUUUGUAGCGACGCGUACCAACCUAGCAACAACAAAUCGGAUCUCGCUCCGUGCAAGUUGGCAGCGAAAUUCACCCUUUUUGUCAAAAACGCAAAAACAAGAUGGUCGCUGGUGAAAAUUCCGCACGAAAACGCCAAGAAAAGCGAUUUUUCUCCAAUUUCCCUCCAAGGUUAUUAUUGAUUACAUUACCAACCUAAUUAUCGAAUUUCGCAAAUUCGCGCAUGCGCACUCCAUGAUAAACACUAAUGGCUUCCAAAAUGCCCAACGUGAAUUUCCCGCUAAAUACCUUCCGAGGCUCCGUGUGUUCAAGACGACGAAAAAAAACGAAAAAUGAACACUCUGGACAAAUUCAUCAAGCUGGGGACGGCUGGUGAAGGCACCUACGGCAUCGUCUACAAAGCCAAGAACAAAGUGACUGGGAAAAGUGUGGCCCUUAAAAGGAUUAAACUCGAAAAAUUUAGCAAGGAUGACCAGACCGAAGGGGUUCCUUCGACCGCGAUACGCGAAAUUUCCAUUCUGAAGGGGCUGCGCCACUCGGCGAUCAUCGAGCUACAAGAUGUGAUGUACACCUCCGACAAGCUAUAUUUGGUUUUUGAGUAUUUAGAUUUGGAUUUGAAGAGGUAUCUAGAUGGGACCAUGAAACCAAUGCAUAAAGAGUUAAUUAGGAGUUACUUAAAACAGUUGUGCGAAGGCCUGGCCUACUUGCACACCCACCGAAUCCUCCACCGCGACAUAAAACCGCAGAACCUCCUCGUGGACAAAGAGGGUCACAUCAAAAUCGCCGACUUCGGUCUAUCUCGGUGUUUUUCGGUCCCCACGAAGUCGUACACCCAUGAAGUUGUGACCAUGUGGUACCGAGCGCCUGAGCUGCUUUUAGGGUCAAAAUUGUACACGAACGGAGUGGAUAUAUGGAGCUUGGGUUGCGUUAUGGCCGAAAUGUUGAUCAAGCGCGCGCUUUUCCCUGGGGACUCAGAGAUCGACCAAAUCUUCAAAAUUUUUAAAAUUUUGGGGACCCCGAAUGAAGAGAUGUGGCCUGGGGUGGGGACGUUACCGCAGUACGAGGUUUCGUUUCCUCAGUGGAAACCGAGCGAUUUAAAAUUGCAUGUUAGUUUUAACGACGCUGAAGAGGAAGAAUUUAUGAAGAUGAUGUUAGUUUAUGACCCUUUUGUUCGAAAAUCGGCUAAGCAGCUUUUAACCGUACCAUACUUAAGAAAAGCCAAGUUGACGACACCCAACAUGCGACCAUUUCCAGACGUAUCAGAAGAAUACUAGAAUUAUUAAGUAUAUUAAUUAUUAAAUAAUACAUUAUGACGAA